CGCAAUGCAUUAUGGGUGUUCGUGCCCAGUAUUUGCAUUUAGGGUAGUGCGUAGUGGAUACGCGGCAGCUUUGAGACUUUAUUACACACCAUGACAUUUAUCAGCAGUAUUUUACUUUGGCUGUCAUUUGUUUUGGAUGUUUCUCAACAGGUUCUGAAAGUAAACGCUGUCGAUGAAAUAUCCAGUUCCUGCUACAAACCAGUCAAGUUCAACAGCCCUGCGUUUGUAAGAACCUAUCCUAGACCUCAUGAGUACUUGAACAUCACUGAGCUCCCUGCUGUCUGGGACUGGCGCAACAUUGAUGGGGUAAACUAUGUGAGUGUGACACGCAAUCAGCAUAUCCCUCAGUACUGCGGCUCCUGCUGGGCCAUGGGCUCCACCAGUGCCCUUGCAGAUCGUAUAAACAUUAAAAGGAAAGGGGCGUGGCCAUCAGCGUACCUCUCUGUCCAGAAUGUCAUUGACUGUGGAGGGGCAGGGUCUUGUUUUGGAGGUGAUCACCUGGGUGUGUAUGCUUAUGCACACGAUAGUGGCAUUCCAGAUGAAACCUGUAACAAUUAUCAGGCCAGAAAUCAAAAGUGUGAUCUGUUUAACCAAUGUGGCACCUGCUCAUUCUUCGGGUCCUGUUCUGUUGUGAAGAACUACACGUUGUGGAAAGUAGGAGACUACGGUGAGGUUUCAGGACGGGACCGGAUGAAAGCUGAGAUUUACAAAAAUGGCCCAAUAAGCUGUGGAAUCAUGGCAACUAAAGGCCUUGUGGAAUAUGAGGGAGGCGUAUUUGCAGAGUUUCAUGUCGUCUCACUUAUGAACCACAUCGUAUCAGUGGCAGGCUGGGGAGUCACUGAUGAUGGAAAAGAGUACUGGAUAGUCAGAAACUCCUGGGGUGAAUUUUGGGGUGAGGCAGGCUGGGCCAGGAUAGUCACUAGUGCAUAUAAAGCGGGUAAAGGGAACUGGUACAAUCUUGCCAUCGAGAAAUCCUGUGCAUAUGGAGACCCCAUAGUGGCCUAGAGGAAGAGCAACUGCUGAGAGCGAAUGUGUCCACAUGUCCAGACAAGAGUCCAACUGAGUGCAACAGAGCUUAUUAAAGUGUUAUGAAUAAGAUUGUGUUAGCAAUGGAAUUCUUUUCGUUGUGGUAAAAAUGCAUUAACAUACAUUUGCUGUCAUAUAAUUGCAGGCUUUACAAAGCAGUACCACAGUACUGUUUGUUUGUUGUCUAUUAUUGGCUAUGAACUGUAAAUGUAAAUUAAUUGCUUUUAAUUUUCAUUAUUAUUUAAUGUGUAUUUUACACUAUGUCUUCUUUAAAUAUGUUUGAUUUUCAAUUUAACGCUUGGUUAAUUUUUUUAAUUUUUUUGUUCAAAGUAUUUUUUAUUGAUAUUUUACAUGAUAUAUCAACACUUUCGAAAAGAAAAACAGGAUGAAGUUUUCUUGCUCCAACAGAGCUGGUUAAUUUUUAUUUUAGAUAAAAGUAAGCACAAGUUAAAUAUACAGAGUAACAUAACUAGUACAUACAUUGCUGUACAGUGUCUUGCAUAAGUUUUUACCCCCUUGAACUUUUCUGCAUUCUGUAUUCAUGGCAUUUCAUUUCCAGGUUGAAACACUGCAAAAAUGUAGAAAUGUUCAAGAGGUAAAUCCUUGUUUUGCACAGUAUUUUUGUAUUAUAUGUUGUUUUCUAUUUGCACUGUAUUGGAUUGUAGGAG